GGCAGCGGCCGUACCCAACGCCAGAAGAAGCAAAUCCUUUCUCGAGGAAACACAACGCGCAGCGCACGCUCUGCUCUGCUCCGCUCCCCAAAUGGAGCGGCAGGAAGCAGCGGCGGCGGAGGAGGCCAUCGCGCUGUACGACGCCUACUGGUUCCACCGCCUCGUGCUCCACUCCUACUCCCCUCCCGCUCCCCUGCCACCGCCUGAGCGCGACCAGCCGGAGCCGGAGCAGGCAGCGGCGGGUGAGAGCGAGAGUGGUCAGGAGCCGCUGCUGGAGCGGGCGCCGUCCGGGCUGCGGCACCGGCGGACGCGGAGCGACGAGGCGAAGGCUGCUGCCGCGUUCGAUGGCCAUGGCCUGGAGCCGCUCAAGAUCCCCAACGGCCACCGCGCGAGGCUCGAGACCAUCCUGUCGGGCAAGGACGGGCUGGCCGCCGUGCCGCAGCCACUGCCUGAGCGGCGGAGGCCGGAGGUGCGGAGGAGGCGGAGGGGGCGGCGCGGGCGGAGCCUGUCGGAGCUGGAGUUCGAGGAAGUCAAGGGCCUGCAGGACCUCGGUUUCACCUUCUCUGACGCCGAUGUCGACGCCGAGCUCGCGUCCAUCGUGCCUGGACUCCGCCGGAUCCGGGCCGAGGAAGACGCCAGGAAAGCCAAGGCGGAGGAGGAGGAAGCAUGGAGCAGGAACCGGGCAGCGGCGCCGAGGAGGCCGUACUUGUCCGAGGCGUGGGAGGACGAGGAGGCGGAGGUGAGGAGGAUGCUCAACAACUUCAGGAUCCCGGCGGCCCAGGAAGGAGCCGAUCUCAAGGAGCACCUCCGCCUCUGGGCACACAGCGUCGCCUCCGCCGUCCGCUGAUUGUUUUUACCAAGAACGCCAUUUUUGUUUUUGGUUUUUCGCCGUCCGGUGGCAAGAUCAACUGUAAAUACUUUUGCCAUGUGCGCAUGUACAUCUCUUCAAGUAAUUUUACUAGUCCUUGUUACUUCAAUUAGAAGAAGAACUCUCUUGACUCUGCUUUGAGAACAUGGAACUGAACGGUAUAGCCACAAAAAGUAUGUGUAAAAGAAGGCGAGGGUUUCUUUUUAUCUGAGUGACAGACUUAUCUGAUCA